CCCGCAACCGCAAAGUAAACAAACGUAGCACCACCAUCAUCACCGAAAGAACAGCACCUGCGCCGCCCUGAACCAUCACAUCGCCAAACCACCCGCUACCGCCGCAAUGUCGUCAAAGGAAUCAUCCAAGUCCAAGGAUAAAUCUAAGGUCCACAAGCUCUCCCUCAAGGGCAGCGCCCGCCUGGUGGCCGAAUUCUUCCAAUACUCCAUCCACAGCAUCCUGUUCCAGCGAGGUGUCUACCCAGCGGAAGACUUUACAGCCGUCAAGAAAUAUGGUUUGAACAUGCUGGUCUCGGCCGAUGACCAGGUCAAGGCAUACAUCAAGAAGAUCAUGUCCCAGUUGGACAAGUGGAUGGUUGGUGGCAAGAUCUCCAAGCUUGUCAUUGUCAUCACGGACAAAGACACAGGCGAGCAUGUUGAGCGAUGGCAAUUCGAUGUCCAAAUCUUCCAAACGACAAAGUCCAAGUCCAAGUCCAAGUCCAAACCUAGCGACCAAGAAAAUGUCGCCGGCGCCACCCCGGCCGCACCCGCCGAGAAGACGGAGCCCGAAAUCCAGGCCGAGAUCGCCGCCAUCUUCCGCCAGAUCACCGCCUCCGUCACCUUCCUGCCCCAGCUCAGCGGCGACUGCACCUUCAACGUCCUCGUCUACGCCGACGCCGACAGCGAGGUCCCCGUCGAAUGGGGCGACUCCACCGCAAAGGAGAUCGAGAACGGCGAGAGGGUCCAGCUGCGUGGCUUCAGCACCGCCAGCCACCGCGUCGACACCCUGGUGAGCUACCGGCUGGCGGAGUAAUGGUGGCGAUAGAACAAGACACGCAGACAUACAGGAGGCGGAGGAACGAGAGUCGCAGGUUCGGAACCAGAUUCACUCCUACGACAAGGCAUACAUAAUGAACAAAGAACGGCCAAGACGGCCGGGAUGGCGUUGGGCGGCGUGAGGGUUUUUUUGUCUUGAUUCACAUUACUUCAACAUGGUGUUGACAGA